AUCAAAUCCCGAGGGGAAAAAAGCACUGCUAAAACCCUGAAAUUCCCCGUCUUUCUUUCUCCAACUCCUCGAACCUUAGACCUUCUACCCUUCCACCAUCUUCCUCUUCAAAACCCCCCAAAUCCAAAACCGCCUAACCGUUUAACUUCAAUUCCCGCCACCACUAACCUCCAAUUUCUCACUCCAACGUUCAAAUAUCUUCCUAAUCCCAAAUUACAAAACCCUAAACUACUCUCAUCAUCAUCAUCAUCAUCACGUCACCGUCAAUUUCCGAUGAUCAUAAAAUCACAGUGAAAAUCAAUGGACACGAUCGUCCACGCUGCACUCGAGGAGAUCUGUUCUCAAGGCGUUAAUGGCCUCUCACUCUCUCUCCUAUGGCCCCGCCUUCACUCUUCUCUCUCCUCUGCUGGGCUCCACAUAUGCGUCGCCGUUAAACGGGCCGUGUGGUCGGGCCUCACAGCUGUUCCAGGCCUCCAGUUCAAGUACCCGAACGGGCCGGAAUUCGACCCGAAAUCGAAGUCGUUGGAGGAGUGUGAGGGUUUGGAAUUGAAGGUGUUUGCGAAUGAGCAGCUCCGCAAGUGCUUCGUUGGGCUAUAUGAUGUUAAGGCUUCCAAUAUUACCUCUCCUCAGCAACGAGUCCUUGAGCGUCUCGCCCUUGCUAGAGAAAAUGGAGUGACACAGAAUCAACUCUGCAAGGAACUUGGAAUUGCUGGAAACAAUUUCUUUUAUGUGGUCAAAAGGCUUGAAUCCUGGGGAUUAAUUGUUAGGCAGUCAACAAUAGUGAGGACAAAAGAAGCGUCCAGUGAUAAGGAGCCAAAGAAUAGUCAACCAGUGCACACCAAUUUGAUCCGCUUACAUCGUUAUGCAUUUCCCUUGAGCUCUCAGCAAAGACUUGAGAUUACCAAAGAGAACAAGAAUUCGGAGGAAAACUUUGGAGAGAAUGUCCAUGGAGCAGAUCUCCUUGAAGAAUGUGGCCAAGAUGAUGUGCUUGUCAAGGAUUUCUUGCCUGCAAUCAAAGCUGUUUGUGAUAGACUUGAUCAAGCUGAAGGCAAGGUUCUGGUGGUCUCAGAUAUUAAGCAGGAACUUGGCUAUCGAGAAACGCGGGGACAUAGAGCUUGGAGAAAUAUUUGCAAUAGGUUGAAGCAGGCUGGUCUUGUUGAAGUAUUUGAGGCUAAAGUAGAUAGAAAAGUUGAAACCCCUACGAAAUCGAAAAAGAGCAGAUCUAGAGGGCAAAAUAAGCCUGUUAGCUGUUUGCGACUACUGAAGAAGUUUUCUCCAAAGCUCUUUCAACAAAAAGUUCCAGAUUGCGAGUAUGACAAUCUUGUCUCAGAGCAGACUACCACAUCUGGAAACCGAGUUCUAAACAUGGAGCAGUUAGUGGAACUUUCUCUCGAGCAACAAAUUAUUGACAUGAUUGAUGCAGAAGGAUCAAAGGGGCUGCUUGGAGUUGAGGUAUGCAGAAGGCUUGGAAUCAGCACUAAAAUGCUCGACAAUAUGACCAAUACUAUGGUCUCUCGGUUUGGUUUGCAUCAACUUUCAGAAAACCGUAAAAGAGGGUCAGCUUAUCGAUUUUGGACACGAGGAAACUUCUGUCCUGAAUUACCUAAUUCUUCUUUCACCAGAUUACAAGACGGUCCUGAAGGGCAUGAAUUGGCUUCACUUCUUUCUCAAGGGCCAUCUCACUGUAUAAACUCUCAAAGAACCACUACUGACAUGGAUGCCUUAAACUCACAAAAAUGGCUGAUUGGAGAAACUACAGAAAACAGAGAUGGUGAAGGAGUUCUUAACUAUGAAUCGCAGCAGAGCAGAGAAUCAUUGCAAAUGGUUGCUUAUCCCGGAGGUUCACCAGGUUUGCCUGAUGAUAUGAGCAUUAUUAUACCUGGUGCAGCUCAUGGAGUUGAAUGUAGUAGUACAACUGAGGCUCCAGCUAGUCCAUUACCCAAGCCAUUUAACCUUCUAGAAGGCCAGAGAUAUCCAUCACUAACCAGUGCCCAAAGGGAGAUACGGAUCCUUGAAAGGAUCAAGACUGAGAAAAUCAUUAUAAAACCUGAGUUACAACGAUGGCUUGAAAGUUUUGAGAAGGACAAGAAGACAAGAAUGGAUAGAAGGACCUUGACACAUUGUCUGAAAAAGCUUGAAAAAGAAGGGAAGUGUAAACUCAUGGUCUUUAGCAUACCAGGUGUCUCAAAUUGUGGCCAUCACCGUGAAAUUCUUGUGGCUCUUCAUCCGUCUGUUGAAGGUUCAGCUAGCGAACUGUCGGAUCAAGUGCAUAAUAAACUGAGAUCUUUCGAGAUGCAAAUUCGCGGUGCCUUAUCUCAUACAAAGAAGGAAGUUCCCGUACCUAUACUUCAUGGGAUCGAGAGGAUUCAGAUCAAUGCAAACUCAGAUACUCAAAGUGUUAAAUCAGAAGUUAUGCGUGCUAAUGGAUUUGUCUUGGCAAAAAUGGUUCGCACAAAGCUCCUGCAUCGGUUUUUAUGGGGUUAUGUGAGAAAUUCAGGUACAUCCACUGAGAUAUCAUCAUUGACAAAAAAUGUGAAUCCCCUAAAAAACCCACAGAGCUCUUGUUUAUUGUUUGGGUUGGAUGCUGCAAUCAAGGCUAUGCCCUUUGAACUUUUUCUGCAAGUAGUAGGUUCUGCUCUUAAAUGGACAGAUAUGAUUGAGAAGUGCAAGACUGGCCUUCUUCUGUCUGAUUUUUCCAAUGAGGAGUACAAGAAUCUGAUGGAUACCCGAGCAACUGGAAGGCUGUCCUGGCUUAUUGAUAUUUUGCGUCGUCUUAAGCUUAUCCGGCUGGUAGCUGAUGAAAGUCCCAAAGAUGCUACCAAGAUCUCACAUGCCAAACUUAUUUAUGCUUUAGAGCUUAAACCAUACAUUGAGGAACCAUCAUCAAUGGACUUGCUGCCUCGAGGUUCUGGUUCUCUUGACCUUAGGCAACAUUAUAGGCACGACUUUGUGUUGUCCACCAGCGAAGCUCUAGAAAAAUAUUGGCAGACUUUGGAGUAUUGUUAUGCUGCUGCUGACCCGAAAGCUGCUCUACGUGCAUUCCCUGGAUCAGUGGUUUUGGAGGUUUGUCUUUAUCGAUCAUGGACUACAGUCAGGGUCAUGAAGGCAGAGCAACGUGCUGAGCUCCUGAAGCGCAUUAAGGAUCAGCAAGGCAAAAAGCUCAGCUUCCAGGAAUGUAGAGAAAUCGCCAAGGAUCUCAAUCUUUCUUUAGAGCAGGUGCUUCGUGUGUACUAUGAUAAUCGGCAACAGCGUCUUAACAGAUUUCAGGGAGACUUGAAUAUCCAGCGUGUGGUGUCAGAUGCUAGAAGUGAUUGGCAUCCUCAUUCUCGACGCAAACUAAAGGUAUCUGCAGAAGGAAGAUCAGCAAAGCGUACAAAAGUCGAAACUACAAGUGAAUCCUGUGAAGAUAGUCAAGAGGAGAACAUGGAGGAUAUUGAAGUUGUCAAUCAGCAGGAACACCAGGAGUCAUUAAUUGGCAAGCGUAUCAUGCCAAUGUUGAAACAAACACGUCAACAAAAGUUCACAUGGACAGAAGAAGCAGACAGGCUUUUACUAAUUCAGUAUGCAAGACAAAGAGCGAAGCAAGGUGCAAGGCGUGGCACAGACUGGGCUUCAAUAAGCGACCUUCCUGCUCCUCCAAGUACGUGUCGCAGAAGAGUAUCUGUUCUGAAGAGGGACAUAAAUUUUAGAAAAUCUUUGAUGAGGCUGUGUAACUUGCUUACUCAGCGGUAUGCUCAGCAGCUGGAUCAUGAAAACAACUUAAUGACUAAGGAGUGUGGUCAAGAGUCUGAUUGUCAGGGACAGCACUGGGAUGAUUUUGAUGAUAGUCAGAUUAAGUUAUCCCUUCAUGAGGUUCUUGUGCAGAAGCAAAUGAUGAAAUUGGACUCCACCAAGAGAAGUGAAUCUGCAUCUCAGGGAACCCACAAUCCUGUGGCAUGCAGUCCUAGUGAGUUCGACAAUGACUCUGAAAAGCAACAAGUUGGUUCCAGUCGAAGAUCCAGACGUCAUCGCCUUACUCAGAAAUUUGUGAUGCAUUUGAAGGAGGGAGUUAGCAUUACAAGACGAAUGAAUCAAUCAUUAGCUGUUUCUUGUGCUGUUGAGCUUUUCAAGCUGGUCUUCUUGACCAACUCAAAAUCAGAAGAAAUGCCAAAUUUGUUGGCAGAAACUUUAUGUUGCUAUUCAGAGCAUGAUCUUUUCUCAGCUUUUGACUACCUCAGGCAGAAAAAAAUCCUGGUUGGAAGUGGUCCCAGUCAGCCAUUUGUCCUGUCCCAAAAUUUCCUGAGGAGUCUUUCACUGUCUCAAUUUCCAGCUAAUACGGGGAAGCGAGCUGCUAAGUUAGCAAACUGGAUAAGUACAAAGGAGAAGGAAUUAAUGGAAGGCACGAUAGAUCUACCUUCAGAUCUACAGUGUGGAGAUGUUCUGCAUUUGUUUGCUCUAGUUUCUUCUGGAGAGCUGUGCAUAUUGCCAGUCCUUCCUCUUGAAGGUGUUGGAGAGGCUGAGGACUCCAGAAGUACGAAACGUAAAUAUGAUGAUCAUGAAUCUGAUGAUAGUGGUGUGAGCAAGAAACAUAAAUGUCACUCUUUGCAAGAAUGUGAGAUCUUUUCCCGCCGAGAGAAAGGCUUCCCUGGUAUAAAAGUUUCUCUGAACCGAGCAACAAACUUAAGGUGCAGCAUUGUUGAGUUUUUUAAAGAUGUAGAUAAUGCAACCCUAUUCAGUAAGAAUGAUCAAUUCUAUGCGACUCUAGGUCAGAAAGUUAGCUGUACAUCAUCUUCUAUUGAUGGUGCCAAAGAACCUCAUGAUCUUGCCAGUGUUGUCCCAGCUACUAUAAUUUCUGGUGAUUCACUAUGGGAGGUUAUUACAAACUACAUUAUCCAAGACCUGGCCAAACAUAGUAAUGAAAAAUAUCUUCAAUUGCAUCCAGAGCUUAUCAAAACUGCGUAUACUAAUGUUCAGGAAGCUGGUGACCAGGGCUUAAGUAUGUCAAAGGUUUCUGAGUGCUUGGGCAUGCAAGGUACAGUUGUGGCUGAACAUGUUAUUGAUGUGCUUCAAUUAUUUGGCCUUGUUUUGAAGGUCAAUGGUUACAAUACUGUCCAUGUCGUGGACGGUCAAUACCGUACCAAGUACUUUCUGACCUCAAAGGCAACUUGUUCACAAGAUCUUGGAUUGGCUUCAUGUUCAGUUACUCAGAGGGAUGCGACAACAGUUAUGGUUGAAGAGAGUGCAAAGCGUGAGCAUGAAGGUGAAGCACAUAGUCUAAUUCUAUCUGAAGAAGUGUCGCCACUCUCUAAUGCAGUUCAGGAUCAUAAAAAGCUUCAGGAAUGCAGUACAACUAGUAGAACAUCCACUGUAGGGAGGAAGGAGAACCAAAACUUUGAUGACUCGGUUGCGACUUUUCAGCCAAUAUUGCCUUGGAUCAAUGGAGAUGGAACUAUAAAUGGGAUUGUAUACAGGGGCCUUACACGCCGUAUACUUGGUAUUGCGACUCAAAAUCCUGGCAUACUUGAGGAUGAUAUUCUCAGCCAAAUGGAAGUAUUAAAUCCACAGAGUUGCCGAAAGCUGUUGGAUUUAAUGGUUUUGGAUAAUCACCUCAUUGUCCGAAAGAUGAGUCAAAGCACUUCUCCUGCACCCCCUGCCUUGCUGGGUAGUCUUUUUGGCAGCAGCUCUACAAAACCCAAGUUUGUUCAUCAACAACAUUACUUUGCAAAUCCAAUGAGUACUCAGUUACUGUAAUGCUUACAGUUUGGCUUAUAGUAGCUGUCAUAUGCUGCGAGGGAACUCUUAGUCUUUUCUCUUUGAUGUUCAGGAGGGUGAGUGGCUUCUCUGCUCCUGUUGUAAGUUCUCAAUCAAUGUAAUAUAUGGGUUUUACUGUUGUAUGCAGAAUAUUUAUAGCUACAUAAUGGCAUAUAUGGCUCAAGAUUUUCUGCCUUUGUUUGAAA